AUGCAGCAACAAGAGGUCAAAGGUCUCCAACAACAGCUGGAUCAUUUGGGUGAAUCACUCAGAAAUGCUGAGGAGGAAGCUCAAACUCGUCAAACUUUGCUAAACCAGCAGGAGCAGGACAAUGCUCAUCAGAAGGAGCUUCUGCAGCAGCAACUCUCUGCAACUGAAGAGGAGGUACAGACCUUGAAGGUUGAGAUCCAGACCAAAGAACAAGAGGUGAGUUUGUUAGAAAAUCAAAGGUCAAAAGAAGUGGAACAACUACACCAGGAAGUAAAAGCUUUAGAGAAGCAGAAUGAACGUCUUUGUUCCUCACUUAAAGAAGCUGAAGAGAGUUUGCUGUCUAAAGAAAACCUGUGUGCAGAGCAGCAGCUACAGAACACUAAGGACAUGGAAGCCCUGCAGAUGCAGAUGGUAGCAUCUGAGGAGGAGGUGAAGAGACUGAAUGCAGAGAUCAGUGAUAAAGAGGAGCAGCUGGUUGAGCUGAAGACUGAAACAUCUGCACAAUCUGACUUACUACAACAGCAGACACAAGCUCUAAACAUGAAGAUUAACACCAUUACCAAUUCACUUGAGACUGCUCAGAACCAGUUAAAAGCCAAAGAGGAGCAGCUGGUUAAACUGGAACAAGAGUCCACCCUGCAGAUUGAAGAAUUAAGAAAACACUGCAUGGUUCUUGAAGAUGACAUGAACCAGCUGAGGCAAGAAAUCCAAACUAAAGAUGGUGAAGUCAGUUUGUUGAAAUCGAAUCACUGCAUUGAGGUUGAAGCAUUACAGAAUGAGAUCCAGAGUCUGAAGGAUCAGAUUCAAUGUCUGACUGACUCUCUGAAGACUGCAACAGAUCAGGUGCAGACUAAAGAAAACCUGCUGGUCCAAAAAGAGACGGUGUAUAUUCAGGAGAGAGACUCUCUUCAAAAUAAGGUGGCAACCUGUGAGGAGGAAAUUAGAAAACUUACAGAAGAGAUGCAGACUAAAGAACAAGAGUUCACCUCUCUGAAGGAAGAGAGCUCCAGAUGUUGUGAUAUGCAGCAACAAGAGGUCAAAG